AUGCUGCAAGAGAGCCACUGGGCUGACCAAUGUGCUCAGACGUUUAACUCAGGUCGUUGGAAGGUAAUCACGUCCCCCGCCACCGACAACCAAUCGGCAGGAGUAGUUACUCUUAUAGACCGUGAGCUCUGUGGCACCGGACAACUGCUUCACUCGGACCCAGUUCCUGGACGCCUCCUACAUGUCCGCCUACAAAGGCAGGACUGGACGCUCGAUACCUACAAUCUCUAUCAGAGACAGACAGGCCAGGGCAAAGCCACCGCCGAUGAGGACAAAGACAUACGGUCCUGGUGGCAGGUGACGUCAACUGCCCUCUUCGAGAAGGACUACCACAUGGUCCAAGGCAACUCCUGGCAAAGACAUGCGGGCACGACCUACUACCAUCCCAAAGGCCAGGCUCUCAUCGACCACGUCCUCCUGAGGAAACCACAAUGCGACCAGAGAGCAAAAACAGCCAAACCGAUCAAGACAUCGCUUGCAGCAUGGAGACAGGGAAGCUACCAUCUCCCGAUCCUCUGCAGCCUCCCAGUUCAUCGCUUCCACAGCCUCAAUAAGCCCAAGCAGCCCCGUAGAGAAUGGAACCACUGGGAUCUCAAAUACCCGCACUCACACGCCGCCGCAGCCGGCCUGCCUCAGGCUGAAGACGCCACAGCCAUGAAUGCCUUGCUUUGUAGAUGUGCUGCCAAGGUCUUCCCGCCACAGACCCGACCGCAGAGACUGGCGGCAUGGCAGACCCAGCCCAUGACUAUUGGUAUUAAAGGAAUGUGGCAAGCAUAUGCACAGUGGAAGCGACACGCCCGACGGGGGCGCGAUGCUAUCUUCGAGGCGUGGCGCAGCUAUUCGAAAUUCCGGAAAGCACAGCGGGACUUCAGGACGGCAGGCAAGCAGGCCCGCAAACAGUGGUUCAGUGAUAGACUGCAGGACUUGCAGCAGGCGGCCGCCAGGAAGGAUAUGAGAGCGCUCUUCGCUGGGGUGCGCACCAUGGCACCCAAGAAAAAGAAGAGUGAAAUCCAACUAAAGGACAAGGACGGUUAUCUGCAAUCGGCGGAGGUGCAAUUGCAGCAGCUUCGCACGCACUACCAACAAGUCUAUAAGCGCGAGCCUCAGAAGCCUCCACCAAAGGCACAAGCCCCGCUCCGCCUCGAGGUAGAAGAGGACGAAGUUCGACAGGCCUUGUCCAGUCUUGUAGCCCACAAAGCCACACCACUCCGCGUCAACAGCGAUGUGGAAGGGCUGCUCAGAUCUCCUGGCCCCCUCUUUGACCAAAUGGGCCAACGACCUUCGUGCCGUGCCUAG